AUGUUCCAGCUGCCGCCCGACGGCGGAGAGCUCUGGCCGUCUAUGCAGGUGGUUAAGAUGGAUGCCAGCCUCCUUACUGCUGGUGGUGGCUGGUUUCUGAAAGGAGACGGCGAGCAUCAGACGACUCACCUGAUGCCAGAGGAUUGUUACACAACACGGCGUAUGCAGAACGGUCACGACCCCAUCAACCUCUGGCGUGACCGUGUGGACCCCAGGUCCUACGACCCUCUUAUGCACAAGUUGGCAAAGGCCAUGCUGCAGAUGCCCAAGCUCCAGCGAUUGAAGCUGGAGUUCCCGAACUGGUAUAGUUCAUCGUCUCAGGGAAAGUGCCCCAGCCUGGAAUACUACCUGGAGACGCCUAGUAUUAGAACCAGAACCAGCCCGCGCAAAGCCUCCGUCUGGAUCCUAGACUGCAACAGGAGUGUGUACUGGCCAUACCCAGAAACGGGGUUGUUUUGGGAGAUCCCAGACCACAUCAUGGCCGCAUACCGACAGCUGGUCAAGGACGAUAGCAUCAUCCAAAGAGUACGAUACCGUAUUCAACUGCCGAGUGGGCGCUUCCCGUGGCUUUGGGCAUGA